UAUUGAGUUGAGGGAGUCCUCUUGGUCAGCAAAGUAAAAGCAAAGCAUCUUUGUUAUAUAUACACAAAACAAGGCAGGCAGCACGGAAACCCUAGAUUUCAUCUGGAUCUUAAAUUACUCAACUUACUCACGCAACAUCACACCACACCAUGGAUGAAGAAUACGAUGUGAUUGUGCUUGGAACUGGUCUCAAAGAAUGUAUUCUCAGCGGUCUUCUCUCCGUUGACGGUCUCAAGGUGCUGCACAUGGACAGAAAUGACUAUUAUGGAGGGGAGUCAACUUCGCUUAAUCUUAUUCAGCUGUGGAAGAAGUUUAGAGGAAGUGAUAAGCCUCCAGCUCAUCUAGGUUCGAGUAGGGAUUAUAAUGUGGACAUGAUACCUAAGUUUAUUAUGGCAAACGGUGAGCUUGUUCGAGUGCUCAUUCACACUGAUGUUACCAAAUAUUUGUCAUUCAAAGCAGUUGAUGGCAGCUUUGUCUAUAAUAAAGGAAAGGUGCACAAAGUGCCGGCAACUGAUAUGGAGGCCCUCAAAUCUCCUCUCAUGGGAAUCUUCGAGAAGCGCCGUGCUCGUAAAUUCUUUAUAUAUGUCCAAGAUUACAAUGAAACUGAUCCUAGGACGCAUGAGGGAAUGGAUUUGACAAGAGUGACAACUAAAGAUCUUAUUGCUAAAUAUGGUCUUGAUGACAACACCAUUGACUUUAUUGGUCAUGCGUUGGCACUUCAUCGUGAUGAUCGCUAUCUGAACGAACCUGCAUUGGAAACUGUGAAGAGAAUGAAACUUUAUGCGGAAUCUCUUGCACGCUUUCAAGGAGGAUCACCGUAUAUAUAUCCUUUGUAUGGAUUAGCAGAGCUACCACAGGCUUUUGCUCGACUUAGUGCUGUCUAUGGUGGUACAUACAUGUUGAACAAACCUGAAUGCAAGGUUGAGUUUGAUGAGGAAGGCAAAGCCUGUGGUGUUACAUCAGAAGGGGAAACUGCCAAGUGCAAGAAAGUUGUAUGUGAUCCAUCCUACUUAACCAACAAGGUUAGGAAGGUUGGCAAGGUUGCCAGAGCAAUAUGCAUAAUGAGUCAUCCGAUCCCAAAUACCAGUGAUUCUCACUCAGUGCAGGUUAUCCUGCCACAGAAACAGUUGGGUCGUAGAUCCGAUAUGUACCUGUUUUGCUGUUCAUACUCUCACAAUGUUGCUCCAAAAGGGAAAUUUAUUGCAUUUGUCUCCACUGAGGCAGAGACGGACCAGCCACAGUCGGAAUUAAAGCCAGGAAUUGACCUAUUAGGGCCCGUGGAUGAGAUAUUCUUUGAUAUGUACGACAGAUAUGAGCCAGUCAAUGAGCCUUCUCUGGACAACUGUUUUAUAUCCACGAGCUAUGAUGCCACAACUCAUUUUGAGUCCACUGUUGCUGAUGUGCUGAAUAUGUACACCCUGAUAACUGGGAAGGUGCUUGACCUCAAUGUUGAUCUAAGUGCUGCCAGUGCUGCUGAAGAAUGAGAACGAACUUGUAAUGUGAUCUUGGAAUCUAUUGUAAUAUGUUCUAUCUACUGUACUUGGAGUUCUUUGAAGAUUGUCUUGCCUUGUCAGUCAGUUCUAUUAUGAUGAUGUUGUAUCAACUAGUUUGGUGAUGGAUGGUACAAAUCAAACUGGAUUUAAUGCUUAUCUUUUUGUUUACAGCAUAGAUCUUAUAUCAUGUCAUCAUAUGUAAUGGUAUUAGCACACUUACCUUGCUUUUGACGGAGGAAUUCGUCAGCUGGUUAUAUAUUUUCUUUUACGUCA